AUGCUAAUAAAGGGACUACGUGUUGAUGACCUUUCCUGGCAAGAUUUCCUUGGAAGGGUUAAUUAUACCGAGGCUGAAAAUUACACUGCUGUUAACCAACCUGCCUAUGCAUUCACCAAUAUUCUAUUUUCAUCAGGGACCACAGGGGAGCCCAAAGCAAUUCCAUGGACACAUAUAACACCCCUAAAGGCAGCUGCCGAUGGAUGGUGUCACAUGGAUAUUCGUAAAGGAGAUGUUGUUGCUUGGCCAACGAAUCUUGGUUGGAUGAUGGGCCCUUGGCUUGUUUAUGCCUCCUUGCUGAAUGGAGAUUCCAUGGCUCUGUAUAAUGGCUCCCCAAAUAGUUCAGGCUUUGCGAAGUUUGUACAGGAUGCUAAGGUAACAAUGCUUGGACUGGUACUUAGCAUCGUUCGUACUUGGAAGAAUACGGACUGUACAGCUGGACUAGUCUGGUCCUCCAUCCGAUGCUUUAGCUCCUCUGGGGAGGCAUCCAGUGUGGAUGAUUAUUUAUGGCUGAUGGGAAGAGCUGGUUACAAGCCAGUAAUCGAGUACUGUGCAGGCACAGAGAUUGGUGGAGGGAGGUCCUAGAGGUAGUAAGUCACUUGUUUACUCUAUGAUGACAAUAGCAAGCAGAUCGCGGUGGUGCCUAUGGAUGCUACAACAAGAAAGAUCAAAAGUUCUCUUGGAUGGAUGCAGCUACAUAUUUUGUUUUGUAUUUUUUCCAAAAGAGAAAUUUGCAAGUGAACUUAAAAUUGUGAAACCAACAUGUGGUUGUACUAGCUAGUAUCUCUGAGCUUUCACAAGCCAAACUUAGUGUUGUUGCUGCUUAUUUUGAUCUUUAUUACAACAAAAGCAAACUUGUGAACUUUAUGUAUGAAUGCAGUAUAAUUGUUAUUGUCAUGAAUGAAAACA